AUGGCGGAAUCUGAUGACGAAGAUUGUAGGUUCUGGAAGCUGGAUAUGUUGGAAGAAUCAGCUAAUUCUAAAACAGUUUUCAAAGAACAAGAGAGAACCAUUGUUGAUGAUAUUCCAAUACCCGAAAACAUGGAUGAUUCUUCGACGCCAGAGUGGCUUGUGAAAGUGAUGGAAGAAUGGGAAGGAUACGAUCCAAAGCUGAUCAUAAAGAGGAAGGUGCAAAAGACAGACCUCGACAAAAGCCAGUCGUGUCUCUCAAUGCAUGCUACCCAACUAGAGACUUUAGAUUUUUUGACAGAGGAGGAGACCGACACCAUUGAAAAACAUUGGAUUUUGACACAAAAAAAGAAAGGAAAACAUUGGAAGAGGUUGAAGACUGAUGAUCAAGAGGAAGGUUUGAAAGUGGAUUUGGUGGAUCAUGAUUUGAAUCAGUAUAAGGUUGAUUUAAGGAAGUGGAGCGGUAACAAUGGCAAGUGGAAAUAUGUAUUAACCAAUGGUUGGAACAACGUGAUUGGCGCCAAGAUGUUUGAAGCCAAUGACGACAUUCAAGUCUGGUCCUUCCGUUUUGAACAAGGAAAACUCUGUUUGUCUCUCUCUCCUCCGACCCGCUCCGAUCAGAACAGCUCCUCUAGUACUCCUUCCUCAAGUUGUCAAACUAUUGCUUAA